UGAAAAAGAUUUGCAUUCCAAUGAUUCGAAAUCUAAACCCGUUAAAAAGGAGUAUGAUGGCUAUAGAAAAACCAGGGAACAUUCACAACAUUUGGGAGAGGCCAGGGGCCGUGAAGUUCUCGAAAGGAAUCGCAGGAACACACUUACCGACCGGAGGAGAGAAACAGAUGGUACAAAGCCAAGGGAGGAAUACUCCAGGCCUCUGGUGGAAUACCCCAGGGGCAGGCCCUCAGAAGAAUACCCCAUGGGUAAGCUGAAUCACAGAGAUGAAGUAUUCCCUAAACAUAAGUCGAAGCAUGAAUAUGAAGGGCCUAUAAGGAAACACCUCAAGGAUGAGCCUCGUCCCAUGGAUAAGUCAUACCUUGGAGAAAAGGCGAACCGCAGGGAUAUGUCAAACCCCGUGGAUAGGCGUGCACCUCAUGAAUCGCGUAACAAGGAAAAAUCUGACACGAGACAUGAUACACAACGAGAUGAAAAUCACGGCGAGGGCAUAGGAGGUGUUCGGAGUAAAAAUAAACUUCCCCUCGCACCAAAGCAACUCAGAUUGGAACAACCGCUUAAAAAAGUGGAGAAACGCUCAUUGACGUCACAGAAACAGGCUGCUUCGUCCGGUAAAAGUGAAUUUUUGUCGUCUCUGGUGAAACUAAAGGACGCUCUACAAUCUCACAGUAAUGAUCAAAAAAGUACAAAGGAGCCAUUAAUGUCCAAGAGUGGGGCGGACCUGAACAUUCAACCCUGUAAAGAUGAUGCAACAAAGAAAAAGGGUUCCCCGUCAGCUAAGCCGCUUCCAUUGAAGACUGACGAGGUCAAAGAAGACGCGACAAUGUGGCGAAUCACAACAACUCGAAAGCUGGCGGAAUUUGAGCACAAGAUGGCGUCCGUGCGAGACGAUUUGGAUAUCAAUCCAAUGAUGGAUAAUCCAGUGUUUUCGACGGGUAGUUCUGUUAAUCUGUUCUGCCCUUUGUGUCAUGAAAUGUUCGUGAACCCUCGAUUGUUGCCAUGUCUGCACACGUUUUGUAAAAGAUGUCUGGAGAACCUUGUGGUCCCGAGGUCAAGUUCUCUCAGCUGCCCGGCCUGUCGAACAGAUGUCCCUCUCACGGAGCGUGGUGUCGGCGCUUUCCCGCCAAAUUUCGUGGUAACCACCAUGAUGGAUGUGGCGGCAGUGCGCGCCCACGACAAGAAUCCAAUCAUGUGCAGCAGCUGCGAAGACAAACUUCCUGCGGCUGCGCGGUGCAUCGAAUGCAUGGAUUUUCUCUGCCAUGACUGUAGAAAUGCUCACAUGAGACUGAGGCUAACCAAGACUCACAGGGUUGUGUCUUUAGACGAACUGAAAUCCAGUCCACAUCCCGAAGAUUUACUUCAUCGUCCAAUUUUCUGCAUGGAACAUGCCCACGAGAAGCUAAGGUACUACUGCGAGAGCUGCGAACAAGCUAUCUGUCGUGAGUGCACCAUGACUUCUCACUCGACUGAGCGUCACAAAUACACCCAGUUGACUGACACCAUUGACAAGCAGACUCAAAACAUCUCUCAAUUGGUAGAAAAACUCAAAAGGAAGGUCCCAAUUGUCACGCAAUCUACUAAAGACGUAGAGGAAGUCACAUGCCGGCUCGAGGCCAGGGCGGAAGUGGCGAAGUCUGAAAUUCAGAAAUGCUUUCCUCGAAUUUUAAAAGCGUUACAAGAUCGCGAAAAAGGAAUGAUGGCUGAAGUAGAGACAAUGGUACAAAGAAAAUCAAAAGUCCUAGGAAUACAACAAGAAAGAUUGGAAAAUGAAUUAAAACGUCUUACGACGACCUGCAACUUUACUGAGGAAGUCUUGAGGCAUGGAAACUCUGUGGAAAUCCUUGUCAUAAAGAAACAGCUUUGUGACAGAUUAAAUGACCUCAUCUCCACUAAGUUUCAAGGAGAGCCCGAAGAAAAUGACGUCAUCUACUUUGUAGCCAAUCAAGAUGAAGUCCUGAAGGCUCUCGAGAACCUUGGGCAGAUUAAAACGAGUAAUGCCUUCCCCACUAAUUGUACAGUAGCUGACGACAUGAAGAAUGCAACAAAGGGAAGGAAAUCCAAAUUUACAGUUCUUACGCGUGAUCACAGUGGGGCCCAGUGCACUGGCGGCGGUGAGGAUGUUAUGGUUGAUGUGUACACGUCAGAUGGAAGAACUGUGCCUGCCGAAGUUGAGGACCACAGAAAUGGUUCUUACGGAGUCAGUUACAGCCCCUUUAAUGUUGGAAUGCACAAGGUGUCUGUGACUGUCCGAGACAAGCACAUCCAAGGUAGUCCUUUUAAAGUCAAUGUUGUCAAUACUGGAGAAUCUUACCUCAAGUUUGGCAAAAAGGGAACGGAAAUUGGAGAAUUUAACGGAAUAUUUGGCGUUGCUGUGGACGAUGAAGGGCACAUCAUUAUUACAGAUUGUCACAACCACAGAGUACAAGUUUUCAAUCAAAAUGGCGGAUUCAUGUUCCAGUUUGGUCGCAAAGGAGAGGGCAGCGGACAGUUCCAAUGCCCCACCGGGGUAGGGGUGGAUCCUGAUGGGAGAAUUGUCGUCUGCGAAAGACUGGGCAGCAGAAUACAGAUAUUUGAUCGAGAUGGAAUGUUCCUUCACAAAUUCUCCGUUCCAGACCUAAAGGCCUCCACAUUAGCAGUAGAUGCUAACAGAAGAAUUAUUGUUGCUGACUCAGCAAAUCGUUGUAUUCAUGUCAUUUCACUGGAUACAGGUCAGUCUUUCAAGUUUGGUUCUUUUGGAGACGGCAAUGGCGAGCUGAAUUACCCAUGCUACGUUGCGGUGAAUUCUCAAGGACACAUCAUUGUGUCGGACAUGCACAGUCACCGUAUUCAGGUAUUUGAUCCACGUGGUCGAUUCAUGUUCAAUUUCGGCCGUAAGGGGAGUCAGGACGGGGAGUUAAUGCGCCCCACUGGCGUAGCCGUGGGUCAUGACGGAAACAUUAUUGUCGCCGACCGAGAUAAUCAUCGGAUUCAAGUAUUUUCCAGCGAGGGACGUUUUGUCACGAAAUUUGGUACUAAGGGUGAUGGUGACGGUCAACUGAAUGACCCACAUGGCCUCGCUUUGACGCCAGAGGGGAACAUAAUUGUUGCAGACUUUCGAAAUAAUCGUGUUCAACUUUUUGGGCAGCCGGCAUGAAAUCAGUUUUAAAAACGUUUGCUUAGUGAAAUUGUGCAAGUAUUCGUUCGGGACAGAAGUUUCAACACACUGGAGAGAGAAUGGGCAGUGGCAAGAGAAUAUUCUCUUGGCAAUGGAAGAUGGCGAAGACGGCAUCAUAUUUCCAUAUUUGGAGUGCGUGUUUUGAUUGGAUCGCCUCUGGCACCGCACUUGGUGGAAUGUGAACAUGUGAUCAGAAUUUCUCAUCGUUUCAUUCCUUCAAAGAGUAGAUGUUAAUUUAAAUCAACAUAUCAGUAAUUUAAACUAUGAAAUAGUUUCAAAGAUUUUUUUGGAAGAAGUGCAACACAUUAAUGCUUAAUUUCCCCCUUGCUGAACAUAUCCUGUUAUAUCUAAUUAAAAUUUUAGGCUUAUAGAUAUAAGCUAAGAGGCAAAAAGCCUUAACUUAAUCUAUUUUCAAUUUCUUUGAAGCGAACAGAUUAUCACAAAGUUCGCUCCAGUCUUUUUUCAGUCUCUUCUGAAACGCGCAGGAGACGCAAGGGGGGGGAAUUUCACACUCCCCCAGAGAAGGGAACUUGAAAAAUAGAAAAAACUUCCAACUCCUGCUAAAUAAGACAAAAAACUUAGCAUCAAACCGUACUUGAGUAACCACACAUUUGACAUUUUCAAAACGCGUCACAUCGGUAGUAUUGAAAAGAGGGAUUUUGUGCAGAAAGGUUCCACCAACCAUUCCCCUCGGGUCCACUAACUCUCUGUGCCAUAAUGCGACUGAAGUACGUUUGUUCUAUAUUAGUGGUUUAC